GUUUUAUACCAUAAGUAAAUGUAUAAAACCAUACCUUUCCCCAUAACAUGUGUUAUUAUACUCUGUGUUCACACUUACGGCUCGAAAACAAAAACAAAAUUAAAUUUUUCAAUACAUUUUCAAGCGAUGACUGAUUUCGUGGUAACUAUGAAGCCGUUUACGAUCACCGAUGGGAUCCACUGGUGAUCGGCCCCGUCAUGGACUACAACCUAAUCGUCAUAAUAGCCGUCGUAUGGCUCAUCAUAAACGUGAUGAAUGUGGUGCUGAAGACGUGGUUCAGCUACGAGUUCGCCCAAACCCUGCAGACAUUAGGUCUCACCAUAAGACCUCUUCAGAUCCAGAUGUGCACCCAAUCACUGAAUCGUGUCUUCUAUCUCCUGAGCACAUGUCGGCCCAAACUGCUGGACAAGUGGUUCACAGUGGGAACCGUUGUGACACUGGCCGCGAUCAUACCAUCCGUGUAUAUACUGCUGCAGACGCUGUACCAGCUAUUGGUCGCCAAUUAUCUCAUCGGCGGUAACCGAGCGCUGGCCAGUGGGCAGGCGUUGUAUCCUGUGAUCCCCGGCAUUAACCUUCCGAUGUCUGACUUUGUCUACUAUUUCAUAACUCUCGCCAUAAGUAGUAUAUAUCACGAGUCGGGACACGCGUUGGCAGGGCUCAGGGAAGGGGUACGCCUUCACAGCUUCGGUGUCUUCCUAUUCAUCAUAAUUCCGGGCGCUUUCGUAAACCUGUCCACAGAGCAGGUCCUGAAUCUGAACGUCUGGAACCAAUUGAAGAUCUUUACGGCCGGCGUUUGGCAUAACAUAUCUCUCGCACUGUUUGCCAUCGUUUUGCUGUUAAUCAAUCCAUUCGUAUUGAGUCCACUGUAUAGUCAACCGCCCGGUGUUGUGGUCGCUCACAUCGAGCCGCUCCGGGAGGCCACCAAACGGCGCGAUACAAAUGGCCUCAAAGAGCAGCAGAAACGCGAGGAAAGGGAGCACAAGCGAGAAGGAGAGCACCGGGAGCUAUUGAAACGCAUACAGGAGGAGCGCGAACUGGAGGCCAAGGAGUUGGAGGCGAAGGAGCGACAGAGGGAACGGGAGAUGAGGGCUGCGCGCAACCGACGCCACAACAGAAGUCUGCGGCAGAAAGCGAUGGCCAACGCGUACAUCAAGAAGUGUGAGCCCACGGCCACUGUCACCACAGCUACCAGUGCUAGCAAUCUUCAGAAUGUGUUGAUCAAUGAGUCGACCACCCACAAACCGGACCCGAACUCUACGUACACUAAAUCGGCAGCCAAUGAGACGUUGUCAAUAGACAGGGAGAUAGCCAGCGAUGACGACACCGACGGUGAGUCUCAGCCGCAUAAACACACCUCCGAGUGGGUCAUGAAUAGGGCGUUCAUCGGACAAGUGGACCACCGUAUAGUGAACCCUAUAGACAUGAAAGAGGUGUUGCACCACAAGUCCAAUACGUUCAAGACAUCGAUGACCACAUCCACUGAUAUCAGGACUGUAGGACUGAGUCCAUCGCCCGGCCCACCGACGCAGAUAAUGAACGGUGCAAUCAAUGCCAAUACGCCUAAUCUGGUCAAACCGCGUAUCAUUAACGGUCGUACCGGUGCUCACCAUAGGCACCACCACCACAACCUACCCGCCUAUCGUAUG